AUUACGUCAUUUAUCCUGCAAGCGGCAGGGAAGCCGCAUCGUCCAGUAGGAGUGUAGAUACUCUUUUUCGUUUUCUGUGGAGAAUUAAAGGGAUUUGUGUGUGGGUGUGUGUGUGUGUGUGUAUUUGCUGGGGUAUUCGGGGUUGUUCAAGAUGAGUGAACUUUGAAGCGGCGCUUCGCAGCUCUCCUGCUUCAGAAUGAACCGUCUGUGAAUAGAUUUAAAUACCGACGGCGCUCUCAGAAAUCAGAUGGAGGAACCAGAAGUUGCAGAUGGUUGUUACUGCGCGGGAUGUGGAGGAGAAAUCCAAGACUCGUUUCACAUGAAAGUCCUCCAGGACACCUGGCACACCGCCUGCUUCCAGUGCUCCGUGUGCUGUCAUCACCUGACUAACUGGUACUAUGAGAAGGAAGGGCAGCUGUACUGUCGCGAGCACUACUGGGAGAAGUUUGGGGAGCUCUGUCACGGCUGCUCCCUGCUCAUGACUGGACCUGCCAUGGUGGCCGGAGAACACAAGUAUCACUCGGAGUGCUUUGUGUGUCUGAGCUGCAACGUGGUGAUUGAGGACAGGGAUACCUACGCCCUGGUUGAGCGUUCCAACCUUUACUGUGGAAAGUGCUACAAGCAGGUGGUUCUUACGCCGAUGUUGGAAAAGCACACCCACGACUCUGUGCUGGGCUCACUGCCACACACCGUGACCCUCAUCUCGAUGCCCUCUGCAGCCAACGGCAAGAGGGGCUUCUCCGUCACGGUGCUGAGGGACGUCAGCGGCUCGGCCAGCGUUCAGGUCAAAGAAGUGCGAGGAAUGCUCAUUAGUCCGGAGGUCCGAAAUGCCAUCCAUGUUGGGGACAGGAUCCUGGAGAUUAAUGGCCUUUCUGUGGGGACAUUGAUGCAGGAGGAGGUGGAUGAACUCAUUCACCGCACCAGUCAAACGCUGCAGCUCCUCAUGGAGUAUGACCCUGUCAGGCAGCGAUUGGACCGACUCCGACUGGGAUCGCCAAGAACUCGUCUGGCGGUUUCAUCCACGUCCUGCAUGCGCCUGUCCCCGCCGUCUGACACGGUCCUGGAGAGAACCGACGUUGUUGAUGACGGCACACUGAAAAGGAGGUCUUUGAGGCGCAGUAACAGCACAUGCAAGUCUCCAGGGCCAAAUUCUCCCAAAGAGAUGCCGUUUGUUACUCGAGACAUCGGCCGCUCUGAAUCCUUGAGAUCUUACAGUAGCUGCUCUCAUCGCAUCUUCCGGCCAUGUGACCUCAUCCACGGAGAGAUCUUAGGAAAAGGCUUCUUCGGGCAGGCUAUAAAGGUGACUCAUAAAGCCACUGGAGAAGUGAUGGUGAUGAAGGAGUUGAUCCGUUGUGACGAAGAGACACAGAAGACUUUCCUCAAGGAGGUGAAAGUAAUGCGCUGCCUCGAACAUCCGCACGUGUUGAAGUUCAUCGGCGUGCUGUAUAAGGACAAGCGGCUUAAUUUGAUUACCGAGUAUAUCGAGGGAGGUACACUGAAAGACUUCAUCAGAGACACGGAUCCGUUUCCAUGGGAGCAAAGAGUGAGCUUUGCAAAGAGUAUCGCUUCUGGCAUGGCUUACCUCCACUCAAUGAGCAUCAUACACAGAGACCUCAACUCCUACAACUGCCUGGUUAAACUGGACAAUACCGUGGUUGUGGCUGACUUUGGACUGUCCCGGCUCAUACUAGAGGACAAAGUCAAGCCUCCACCGGAAAAACCGACCACUAAGAAGAGGGUGUUCAGACGCAUCGACCGAAAGAAGCGGUACACUGUUGUGGGAAAUCCUUACUGGAUGGCUCCAGAGAUGCUAAAUGGUAAACGCUAUGACGAGAAGGUGGACAUUUUCUCUUUCGGAAUCGUACUCUGUGAGAUCAUUGGAAAAGUCUCCGCAGACCCCGAGUGCCUGCCCAGGACUCUGGACUUUGGCCUAAAUGUUGGCAAAUUUGUGGAGAAGUUUCUCCCUGAAGACUGUCCGCCAGCUUUCUUCCCCCUGACCGUGGCCUGCUGUGACCUCACCCCAGACAACCGCCCGCCUUUCCAGAAGCUGGAGGACUGGAUCGAGGCUCUGUCCCUCAACCAGGAGCUAGGGAUCCCGCUGCCAGCCGAACUGGAUGACCUCCACCAGAGAGCGAGUCGACUCUACAUGGCUAAGGACGGCUCCCUGUCCCAGAGCUCAAAUCAGACAUCAACCCCAGCGGCAGCUCCUCCCGACUCUUCCAGCGUGACAGGAAGUGGCACCUAGGACCCGUGCCUGUCAUCUUUGCCCCCCCCUCUGAACUGCUGCACUAAUGCUGUUUGAUGUGGAUGAGAAAAAGAGGGCCGUUGCAUUAAGCAGAGUCAUUUUGGAACUGGAUAACCUGUGGUAGCUGGACCAACCGCCUCGCGGUACACCUCAACGGAGGUGGAAAGACACAUUUCAAAAGGACGCGUUACUUACUAUGGAGUGAAGCUCCCACUACACACAGGCUUUAAUUAAAGUUUACAAGGCAUUAAGACAAAAUUCAACAUUCUUUAGUCAUUUUUCCGACAAAAGAGGAAGUUCUUGAUGAGACUCGAUGAGUGUGACGUGGCAGCAGUUUUGUUUGCUCUGAAGUGGUUGUGCGCUGUGUGUGGAUUGAUCAGUCCUUUGUCUGGCUGAUUGAUGGGUCAGAGUAUUAGAGACGGCACCGCUUGAAGAAAACCGGUGGGACAUAAAACAGGAAGAAACGACACACACACCCUGACUGAGAAUAGUUUCACCAUCCUGAGAUUUGGCUCAAGUUGGAAAUAGAAUGUUUUAGACGUUCUUCUGUUAAAACAACGCUGAGCAAAUAUUUGACGAGAUGGUUAAGUAUGAUUCUGUACUUAAAACACUAACGAUUUUUAUUAAUUUCUUAGGAUGUUAAAUUAACUUUUUUCCACAGUGGCAUUAUCAUCCCAAGUUUCCAUCAAACACCCGAUGAAUGUUUAAAAAAAUAAAUAAAUAAAAAAACAGGCAGAAGCUCUUAUUGAAUUAGUGAUACAAGAUUGUCAGACAACCCGUCCGCUGUUGACAAUAAGAAGUUGCUUUGUACACAAGAACUGGAUUUGUUUCUUAAUCUAUGUAUAUAAAUAUGUACAUAUCAUGCCUCUAAAUGCCUUUUUCUUAUGGGUUCUCUAGAUUUUUAGACAUUUUGGCUAUGACUAUGGUUUUUUGCCUUUUGCUCAUUCUGCAAGGUAGUGACGACCAGUUGUAAGCACUAUUAUUUAUAUCACUGUAGUGUUUCACAAAUAAACCUUGUUGAAGUAGUUUUUUUUAAAUUGUCAUUAUUUAAUUUUGCAUGUCAGUAAAAGUGUUAAUUAUA